AUGUUCUUGAUACAGUCGGUUGCGACUUGCUGCUCCCUUGGUUGGUGCGUGCUCCUCUGGCGAGCAUGGCAUACCCUUUGGAAACCCGUUCCCGAGCUCAUCAGCAUUCUCGGUGUUGAAGUCCCAGAUGCUCCUGAGGUGUCCCUCGCAGGCAUUCGAUCCGACGCGAUCACACUUCACUGGUCCCCGCCUGGAGCAAGCAAGCCUGUCAUCAGAUACGGAAUCCAGGUUAAUGGAGUCAACGUCGGUGAGUCAACGCGGUCGGAAACUGCAAUCACUGUUACAGGGCUACGUCCGGGACACUUCUACAACGUCCGAGUUAUCGCAAUUGGGUCGAACAAUUUCCAGGCGCAGAGUGAGGUUCUACGGCUGAGAACAUAUGGCCGAGAUGGGCGCCCUAUCCUUACAAACGGCCGAGUACCUUCGAAUCUAUUGUUGGAGGACCAUAAGAAUGACAACGAUGACAACCUUGCCGCAGGACCAAGCGCAGUUGUUGGAAUCGAAGCUGUACCGUUUGCAGAGGGUUCUCAGGCAAUGGUACGGGAGCCAAGUGCUAGCCAUACUAGCCAGAGGCGGAAUACUGGCGGAAGGAAACAUUCUCCAUCGAUUGCCGCUGCCGAUCAACCCCCUCUUCCCACAGCGGAUUCUAACCAAUCUGUGGAGACGAUGCAUGAAUUGACUGAGAAGUUCGAGACCAUUCGUGUGGAAACUGAAGAAAUAAUGGCUCAGCAGUUAAGGGAUAAGGAGGAGUUUGAAGUGCACAUGAAAGAUUUGACCAAGGAGCGGGACGAGAAGAAGAACCUUUUGAAAGAGAAGGAGAGAGCAAGCGAGAGGCUCAAGAGGGAGGUGCACCAGUCAGAGCAGACGAGCCGACAAGCGCAGGCUAGGAGGGCACAAAAAGAGAAGGUUUUACGAGACAAGAGAGCUGAAAUAACGAAGGUACAUGAGGAUAUGAUCAGAUGGAAGAAAGAAAUUGAAGACAUGAAAACGCAACAAGAAGCAUGGGAUAAAGAGCAGGUCAAAAUUCAGGAGGAAAAGGAGACCGAGGUCCAGAAACUCCAAGAGACCAUCGAGGGGCGCCAGACUGCUCUACUCGCACUUGAAGAAGACAUCAGAAUCAAAGGAUUGCAUAUCAAAGACCUGGAGGAAGAGCGUCAAAAACUCUUAGGAACUGAAGACGAUGAUGUCUCGAAGGAGCAGGAUGAGAAGGAUAAGCAAGAAGAUCUCGAGUGGGAAUCGACCGAGAGAAACUGGGUCCUUACGCUCAACAACCACAGCCAUCAACUCCGACACAUCGAGACGGUGAUCCACCAACAACAGAGCAACCUGGCCGCUCUAACUGCACAACAAGCCGCUAACCCAAUCAUGUAUCAUGCGAAUUCAUCUGGUGUUGAUUUUGAUCAUACUGGCGGCCAAGGGAAGGCGAAGUCACGAAGGCCUCGAAAUCGCAAGAGUCGGACCAGCACAAUUUCAUCUCCUGUUGCCGCUCAUCCUAUUGGGGACUCGCCAUACCCGAGUGCGAGUGCUUACAACAACCUUAACAAUACUGGCUCGCCUUUAUGGGCUCCGGGGCCAUAUAUAGAUAUGAACAAUGACAACGGCUUUGUACCAAUUUCGGAGCAGGUGGGCAUGAGCGAUGAAGAGGUCAGGCAGCUUACCGCUGGGGCACCUCUAAGCCCCACAGCACACGCAUUACUCCCAUCCAACAUAUUUGACACUGAAGACGAUCCGCUUAGCCCUCGUCCAGGGUCGACAAGAGGAUCCUUUGGCCCAUCCUUUUUUGGAGCAGGCUACGAGAACGAUCUACCAUCUCCUGACUCUUCUAGUCGCUCAGCGAGUCUUAUGUCCAGUCCUCAAAAUUCGGCUCAUAACCUAGCGAUUUAUGGAGUUUCUGGUCGCGACUCCCGGUCAGAGAACGACAGGAGAUCUCUCAAUUCACCUAGGGCAGAUUUUGGUGCAAUAGGAUCUCCUCCACCUGCAUCCGAGCAACCAACAUCAUCCAGACUAGGGAAUCUCUUGAACUUCUCAAGGUCACGAGGAAAGACAAUGCAAGACGACGGGCCUGCUCUGGGAUCACUAAAACAAGGCCAAAGCCAAUCGUUCCCUCGCUCUACAGACGAGCCGGAUGUUGCGGCUAUUAGAUCCCGUCGAAUCAGCUUUUCUUCACCCGGCUGGGGUAUGCCCUUCCUUCGUGGGUCUGCUACAGGAGAGCCAUCAACGGCCGGUAAUGCUCCUGCUCCUGCCAGAAACCUAGGUGCCAGAUCACGACGCGGGUUCAACAUGUUUAGUUCAAGUACAGACGAUACGGGGGCCUAUUCGGAAAGGGAUCCUAGUAGCCCUAGGCCACUAUCCAUCGCUUCCUCAGACCUUCCGCGUCCUUCGACCGAUAGUGCACCCUUCGGCUGGGGGCCCGCACAUGACAAUGUCAUCAACAGAAACAGCCCUCUGGCUACCAAUUGGUCACAUACCCCUGCUCCAACUUGGUCUAGAAAUCCGUCAAGGAGACCAAGUCUGCAGCAUGGCUCUACAACUGCCUUGACAGCUCUUGGUAAGGAUGAUGGGUCGUUCCCGGACAAUCAAACAAGUCCGCCUCCGGGGGUUGGUGUGAUUGGCACACGGCCUUCUUCAUCCCAUGUUACUCCCAAACUGAAUCCCGCCGCGCCAGCUUUCAAAGGUUUUAGCUUCCUAGGAUCGAAAUCUGGCAAAGACAAGGGUAAGGGGAAGGAAAAGGCAGUAGACACACCUACCGCUAUGGACGAAGUUAUUCAGAAUGCCGACAGCUCAUCACCAGCAGAACCAAGGCCGUCUCGAGACACUCCUUCCAUCCACACCCAGAACAGCAUGGCCGAGUCAUAUGAGAGCUUGGAAAGAACGUCAAGCAACACGCCUUCUGAGAUGACCAACCCGUCAGCUGCCAGCACCAAGGAGAAGGAAUCGACCUUCAAGCAACUCCUUCGGAAAGGUAGCGCGAGUAAAUUCAGCACGUCUUUCCGGAACAAAGAUUUUGGCUUGUUCAGCGGAAAGAAAGGGGGGAGUAGUGCGGCCAAUUCUGACCGGAACGCUUCGGUUGAACGGGAUGGCAGCUUGGAUGAGUACGGUGAGGAUGCGGGACUAGGAAGGAGCGCGGACAGCGUUACUAGUAGCCCGAUGGUUGGCAGCACAGGGUCAGGGGAAUGGGGGAAGCAAGCAGGGACGCCCAAGGAGGGCCGGAAAAGUAUGAAUUGGGGCCGGUUCGGGAUGAAGAAGAAGGGCAGGGAGAGCUUGGAGGUGGACCGCAGUGAGGCGGAGACCACAGGCACAGAGGACGAGACAUGA